AUGCUUUAUAUUCCUUCAUUUAUAACAAUUAUAAUAUAUUUGGCUUUAAAAAAUAAUUUAGGUAUUUUAGCGAAUAAAAAUAAAAGUAUUAACCCUGUAUAUAUUUUAUUAAAAGAAAGUAAGAAAAAUUAUAAAAUUGGUAAUACAAAAAAAAAUACAAUUAUAAAUUUGUUUAUAUAUAAUAUAAAAGAAAAGAAGAUUAGAAAAAAUAAGAUAUAUUUAAUAAAAAAAAAUGUGAAUAAGAAAAGAAAAAUUGGUAAAAUUUUCGCGACAGGUAAUUUUUUUAACCCAAAACAAUUCAAGGACAUAUUUUCUGAUGAGGAUAAAAAAAUAAAAAAAAAAGAUAAUGAUGAAUGCCUUGAAUUAGAAAAAAUAGAAAAUUUAAAAGAAAUAUGUCCUGAAUUAUAUAAAAAAUUAAAUGAUUACAAUAGAUCAGAAGAAUCUGAAGAUGAAUUAAAAUAUAAUAAAGAAGAAGAAGAAGAAAUAGUAGAUAUAAAAAAUAUUUCUGUAUAUGAAGGAUUACCUCUUUUAAUGGUUGAUGGAAAAGACUUUCAAGGUUUUGCAGAUAGUAGAAAAAUUAAAAUAAAACCUGAUAUUGCUACUGAAUUUACUAAUUCAGAUUAUAAUGAAUUUAUCAAUUCAAAUAGUAAUAAAAAAAAUAUUAACAAUAAUAAAAAUGGGGAAAUAAACGAAAAAAAAUUGGAAAAUGAUGAAAUGGACAAAUUGAAAGAAAAAAAUAAUAACAUAGAAAAUAAAAACGAUGAUUGUAAUGACUUUGAAAAAAAAGUACAGUACAUUUUAGAUGAGAAAAAAAAAAAUCAGAGUGAAGAUAAUAAUGAAAAAGAAAUUAAAAGUUACAUAAAAGAAGAAAAUUUAACGAAACAAGGAAAAAUAGAAAAAUAUAAAAAAGUAGGAAAACAUUAUUAUAUGGAUUCUGAAUUAGGAGAAGUGUUGUUUGAUAGAAAUUAUCCUGGAUAUAUUUAUUUGAAUCAUGGAGAAAAUAUAAAAGAUCUAGAUGAAAAAAGUGAAUUUGAUUCUGAAUUUCCAAGUUAUAUAAACCCCUCUAAUGUGCAUUUAAGAACUGGACGUAAAAGAGAAGAACAAAAAAAAAAAGAUAGUGGAAUAAAGCAAAAAAAGAGAUGGAAUUUAAAAGUUGAGAAUGAUAUUAAAAGAGGAAAUUGGAAAUAUUAUGAUGACACAGUAAAAGAUUUACUUGAUUCAAUUGAUCAAGAAAAGUUAAGUGAAAAUUACUACUCUAAUAAUUAUUAUCAAAGAACAAACUAUAAUACAGGAUAUGGUAAUUUAGAGAAAGUUCAGAAUAAUUAUUUUGAUGUACAAUUCAUAGGUUCAGCUGAGACAUAUCCUUCUAAUGUAUCAGUGGGUAUGAAUUUUAUAUGGCCAAUAAAUUUCAUACCUUUAUUAUGCAAACAGUAUACUAAAAGAUUAGGUCAGCCAAUUAAAUCAGAAAUAUUUAAUUUAGGUGGAUUUGAUUCUUUACAAAUAUGGUUUUACCCAGAUGGUAUGAAUAAUUCAAUUGAUGGAUAUUGUUCUUUGAAGUUAGUUAUGAAACCAGGUUCAUAUUUACCUGUUAAAAUUUUUUUUUUUGCAUUUAGCGAAUAUAAUUAUGUUCAUACAAAACCUUUUUAUAAAGAAUCUGCUGAUUAUGUAGCAUCUUCUCUCAAUUUAUGUAAAUUAUUGCUAAAAACUAAAGAAAAUUUAAAAAAAGUUGAAAACAAUAAAGAUUAUGUUAUUUUAGGACCUGCAGGUAAUAUUUAUAUAGGAGUAGGAAUUUAUGAUGAUGUUUAUGAUUUUGAUGAAGAUUUUAAAAAAUUUUAUACAAUUAAUGAUAAAUAUAAAAAGAAAAAGGAAAAGGAAAAGCACAAAUUUAAAUAUAAAUAUGAUUGGGAUGAAGGAGUUCACAUUUUUGAUAAUUGGUUAAAAAAACAGACGGCAAUUACAGAUGACAAAAACGAGUUACUACCAGUAUAUUACACACAUUCAGAUUUAUAUGAAAAUUAUAAAUAUAAAUAUGUACCUGAGAAAAAUCCUUUUAAAUUUUUAAAUAAAAAAAAGGAUAAUCAAAAGUGGAAUAGGCAUCCAUUUUAA